CCUUGAUUCAUUGUUGUUUAAGAAGUAAGAAUAAGUAAACUCAUCGAUUUGCAUUGAAUAUGUUGAUUGUUUGACAUAUGAAGCUCUAAUAUUUGGUCAUUGAAUUCUCAAAUGGAAGACCAAGGUGCUUUAAGUUUAGACACAUGUAGCUGGGGCAAUGCUGAUGACACAGGAUGGGCGUGUAAAUUGUGUACAUUUGUGAACCAGUGUGAUGGAGGAUACUGCCAGGCCUGUUACGGAGACAGAAUGCAAGACAAUCAUGAUAAACAUAUGGAUGCUGCACUGUCUAAUGAUGAUCAAAUUCUCGUUUGGAAAUGUGAUGAAUGUCAACAUACAAAUUAUGUUGCCGACAAGUACUGUGAUAUGUGCAGUGAACUACGUCACGAUGACAUACCAAUCACUACAUUGCCGCAGUUAACACAGCAUGGAAAUUCAACCAAAACAGAUUUUAAGUGGACUGAGAAAAAUUCUCCCCUUGCAAAUAUGGAAGAAAAUGCUGAAAGACGAAUCUUGCUUAUAGGUAAAACUGGGUCCGGUAAAAGUGCAACCGGAAAUAAUAUUCUAAAUACAAAUGUCUUCCAUUCUGCUGUUUCUGGUGAGUCUGUCACUGACAAAUGCCAGGUAUCACAAGCGACAAGAUUUGGAAGAAUGAUAACAGUAGUAGAUACCCCAGGACUCUUUGAUACUCGAUUUACUAAUGGAAAUAUCUCAAAUGAAUUAGUUAAAUGUACAGAAAUGAUUUUACCCGGGCCACAUGCUGUUGUACUUGUUACUAGGAUAGGAAGAUUCACUAAGGAAGAACAAGAUACUGUUCAAUAUUUUGUCGAUCAUUUUGGAGAGGGCGUAUUAAGAUAUAUCAUUAUUCUUUUUACAAGAAAAGAUGAUCUUGUUAAAGAUAAUAUCUCCCUCGAUCAGUUCAUAGUUGAUUCAACUCCUGAGCUGAAAUCAUUACUGUAUAAAUGUAAUAACCGCUAUAUAGCCUUUGAUAACAAAUCAGACAAUGCAUCGAAAGAAAAACAAUGUAAAGAGUUAUUUCUAUUGAUUCAUGCAAUGCUACUAGAAAAUGAAGGACAUUUCUUUACGAACAAAAUGCUGUUGGAAGCAGAAAGUAAUUUAGAAAUAAGGUUAAUGCAAAUAGCUAAAGUAGAAAAGGAAAAGCAAAACGAGGAAAUAAAUAAAAUAAAACGCAAAGAAAGGAGGAAGAUGAGAAAGGAACUAGACAGUACAAUUAUAGAAACAGACGAGCUUUACUGUCUAAAACUGACAAACGAAUGGGAGACUGAGGACAAGAAUUUUGAUACAAGGAAUUUAGAAAAAGAAAAGGAACGUCUUGAGAAUGAACUGAAAGAAGCUAAACAAAAAUUAAACAAAUAAAUUUGUUCGUGUACAGAUUAUGCUUUGUUUGAAAGAAAACGACUGCAUGUUAUA